GACGAGAGGUUGGACAGGAACUGGAAGCCAUCGGUGUAUUGGGUGAUGACAGUGUUGGCCACAUUCACGACACUCAUAGGCAUCUCUGCGUCGGCCGUGUACUCGAUGGUCGAGGACUGGGAUUAUUUGGAUUGCAUUUACUUCUGUUUCGUCGCCUUUUCGACCAUUGGUUUCGGCGAUUUGGUUACCAAUCAGAAGGACCCCAUAGGACACGACUCCUACCACUCCCUCGUCUACCGGAUCGCCAACUUUGUGUUCAUAGCAUUGGGCUGUUGUUGUAUUUAUAGCCUGUUUAACGUGACGUCUAUAUGCCGGUGCCGUCGCGGCCACCGGACGCCAGUCAUGACACAAGUGACCAGAAGUCGGCGAAACGCGUUGACGCCAAACCAUCUGCGAAACUACUCGAACGCCACCCACAAGACGGUGACAGUGAAGGCCAGUAUCGCCGACUCGAGUGACGCCGACUCGACGUAUGACUCGGACUCCGAGCGCCGCAACUCUAAUGAAAUGAUUUGUAUGAAGGAUGUCAUCAAAACCAAUGCCGUUUCGUUGGCUAUACUCCAGAAGGAGUUGUAUGAAUGCGCCCAAAGGGAAAGGAGUUACAGGAGUCCCGCCAUUCUCUUGCCCUCCAAAGCCAAUGACAAUGACUUCAAUGUGGGAACUGUCGGUCCGCUCGCUAUUGUGUCCAAAAAGUUAGGCGAAGACGACAAUUGA